AUGGAACACCCAGCUAUUCACAUAGAUUUUGAAGAUACAGAUAUUCUACAGCAACUCUCUGGAGAUGUCGUUGGAGGCGGUGGCGGCGGUGGUGGUGGCGCCGAAACAGGAGAAAUCGAUAAUGAUCCGCACUCUACCGCUGUAUCUUCAACAUCUUCUUCAAAACACAAAGCUGAAAUCGUUGCCAUGUAUGACCAGUUGAGAAAACACUAUGUCGAAGCAAACUACAUGGAAAUCAUGUUUUUAUUGCCUCAACUCACUAAAUUCAACAUGUUCCCUCCUAUUUUCAACUUGAUUAUAGGUUGUUCUCUAAUUCAUUUUGGUAGAAUCUCAAGUGCUUUCAGAGAAAUCGGUUUUGCUAUAUGUAUGGCACCAACUGAAAAUAAAAAAAAAGAGUUUAUAAAAGUUUUGGCCUAUACUUAUGCCGAUCUCAAUAAAAAAGAACAUGUCAUGGGGUGUCUUGGUGAAAUUUUGGACAUUUCAAGAAAUAAUUUGGUUACUACAAUCGAUUUCGAUAAUAUGAAAACAGAAAUUUGUAAAUUGGAAAAGGAAUUGUUACAAAGACUCGAACAGGCACUGGUAAAUAACAAAUUAAACAAGUUUAAAUCAUUCGAUGAUCAGAUUUUGGAUCUACAAACAGUCGAUAAAGUGUUCCCAAAGGAUUCAUUUACCGGUAAAUGCCAAAUCAUAAUUAAUAAAAUUUACCAUGCUGAUUCAAUGUUGGAGAGGUGGAACAAAGAGAGAAAACCGCUAAAAAAUAACCCCUUAAAGAUAUUAGUUGAAGCCAUUUUUGUAUUUGGUCCAAAUAUUGCUUACUAUCAUAUGCUCAAAAUGGAGCCAAUCAUGAACCAGUACUUUGAGUUCCUAGUAAAUCAAGCAUUGAUACCUAGACCAAAAGGCAGAAUUGUUUCUAGUUUUUUCACGGGGUCGGUAUCAACAGUUUCAAUCACCUACGCCCAACAAAUUAAAACAAUUAAAGGUUUCAUCGCCAUGUUGCGCCACGAAUAUAAAGAAGCAGCAGACUUGUUUGCAGAGGCAGCGGAUAUCGAUGAUAACAAUGUUGAAUACAAAACAAAUGUUGUUUUCCUCAGAACGUAUUGCCAAGCCAAUGAAACUAAUCAAUCAAAGAGAGAUUUGGAAUUUUUGACUUCUAAAAUAACCAAAAAUCCAAUAAAAUCGUCUUUGAAAUAUCAUGUAUUGGCAAAAGUAUACCACCGGUUGCACGAUUUAGAAAGGUUCAAAUAUAGAAAGAGUAUCCUCAAGAAUUCAGGUCCCUCGUAUCGUGACAUGGCACUCAAAUGUUACUUAUCAGCAGCAACCUUGGCAGAAGACGACGACUUAUUAAUUGGUGAAUACUAUGACAAUAUUCUAAACUUUCUUAUUGACGAAGACGAAACUCGAAAUGGCUUAAACAUGAAAGAUUUGGCGUUUUUUUAUCAAGUUAGAAACUUAUUUUGUUUAUACUCGGAUUACAACUAUUUACAUAUUCCAGGCUUAGUUUGUGAUUGGCAAGUUGUUAAACAAAACACAAAACUUUUGAAUCAAAUUCAGCAGUACAUUGAAAGUCGCAAUAGCAUUAAUGAGAACGACGCAGACGGCAAUGCAUCUGUGUGUGAGCCUUUCGCCACGUCAAAGAAAUUUACAACAAGACUGUUUGAUCUUGUUUCUAAAAUCCGAGUAUUAGAAAAAAUCGGUUAUCAAGAUCUCUUCACUGGUUUACACCAUUUUUUUUUUGGCGUUUCCAUGUUAGAAUAUGCAAUCAAUGAUAGGAUUUCCACAAAAGAUAAUCAUAUUGCUACGAUUAGAUACAUUGGAUACAUCCCGGAAUGGGGCGAAAAAACACUAGCUUAUGGGUUAGAAUGGGAUGAUCCCACAAGAGGAAAAAAUAAUGGCGAAUUAAAUAGCAUUACCUAUUUCAGUCCACGAAUCCCACAACUGGCCUCUUUUAUUAAAUCGACAAAUAAGAAAUUCAAUUGGGUCAGGAAAUCCUUUGUUCAGGUGAUCAAAGAACAGUAUCUUGAUGUAGAUUACAAAAACCGAGAGAUACAAAUUGGGAAUAAACUAGUUGAGGAAUUAGGCUGGGACGAAUUGAAUCGAUAUUAUUCGAAUUUGAGUAAUUUGAAAUCUUUGACUUUAGACCAUCAGUUGAUCUACAGAGCCUGGGAAACAAAGAAAACAAAGGAAGGAGGAGAAGAAAAAGGAGAAAGAGAGAGGGAUUCUAUUUUUGAGGGAUUGCGAAAUUUGGAAAAAUUAGAUAUUAGUUGUAACUUAUUUAAUGAUUUAAGUGAGGUUUACCUAAUUAUUUCAAAGUUGCCGAAAUUAAAAGAGUUGAACUUAAAUGGCAAUAGAUUUUCCUCUUUUGGGGUUCCUAAGAAUUUGCAAUUUUCAAAUUCAAAUUCAAAUUCAAAUUCAAAUUCAUUUUCAUUGACAAGUCUUAAAUUAGCAUCGACUUUGAUUUCUAUGGAAACAAUUGAUGGCAUUUUGCAGUUGCUUCCUCAUUUAAAGGAGUUAAUUUUAUCAGGCAAUUACUAUCGGGAUGAAGAUUUGAUAAAGCUGGAUUUGUUAUUGACAAAGAAACCAUUGGAGAAUUUGGACAUGUCAUAUAAUACCCUUUGCACUAUUCCUAGACUUAACAAUGCUGGGAGCUUGAAUUUAUCGUAUAAUAAAAUAGAAACAGUACCCACAAACAUUGAGAAAUGGACUAGCAUUACCUCAUUAGAUCUACGAUAUAACAGAAUUUCUCAAUGGGAACAGAUUGACUCAUUAUCUCUUGCCUUGCCCAAUUUACAAAAACUAAGAAUAAACCAUAAUCCAAUUGUUGAUGACAUUUCAAUUGACGAGAUGACAAUGCAGCUCAUUGCAAGAUUUCAAUGCGGUACGGAUAAACUAUGCGAGUUGAAUGGUUCUAAACUCACCAAAGAGGAAAUUGAAAACGCCGAAUUGUAUUUCAUAUCUAAAGUGCAAUCAGGUGAUAUUAUUUUUGAAAAUGAACCACGCUGGAAUCAACUAUUGGAAAAGUACGGUGAACAGGAAAAAGGAGGAGGAGGGGAAGGUGAUGAUGAUGAUGAUGAUGAUGAAAAAAACAUUGUCAAUUUUAGACCUUGGAUUAAAUUACGCCUACAAACGGAAAACUCUUUAUCUCAAUUUCAAACCCAGAGAUUUCUUAGAUCCACAUCUAUUCUAAGCUUUAUGGGCUUUAUAUCCAAAACAGUACUCAAUAACCUAUCCAUUCUACAUUUCCAGUUGCAUUAUUACACGAAUGAAGAGAGUAAUUUCAAGGCAAAACACCCCAUUGAGAAUUAUUCAAGUACACUAAACGAUUAUUCAUUAUCAGAGAAUCAAAACAUCUACAUCACCUAUAAUGUUGGAUAA